ACCAAGGUACAUCCAAAAAGCACUCACUCGCUUUGCUACCUUCUCAGUCCUACCAGCCCCAACCUCAGAACCCAGCCAUGAUAAGGAGAUGCUUCCAGGUGGCAGUAAGACUUGGCCGGCACAGAGUCCUUCCUGGCGUCCCCCAGGUCCUGCCCAGACUCAACCCCAACUCAGCAUUCGGAUCCUCCACGGACUCCCUGGUCUCAAGAUUCUGUCUGAAGAAGACAGAUUUGAAGGAUUAUGCCCUUCCCAAUGCCAGCUGGUGUCCAGACAUGCUGAACUUGUACCAGGAAUUUCUGGAGAAGACCAAGACUGACGGCUGGAUCAAACUGCCCUCCUUCAAGUCCAACAGAGACCACAUCCAGGGGCUGAAGCUCCCAUCUGGGUUAGCAGUGGCCUCAGACAAAAGUGACUGGCGCAUCUUCACCAGGUGCAUCCAAGUGGAAGGACAAGGCUACGAGUAUGUCAUUUUUUUCCACCCAUCCAAGAAGAAGUCCAUCUGUCUUUUCCAACCUGGCCCCUACCUGGAGGGGGCCCCAGGGUUUGCACAUGGGGGGUCCCUGGCUGCCAUGAUGGACGAGACCUUCUCUAAAACUGCUUACCUGGCUGGAGAGGGGCUAUUCACAGUAAGCCUCAACAUCAGGUUCAAAAACUUGAUCCCUGUGGGCUCUCUGGCUGUACUGAAAGUUGACGUGGAAAAGAUCGAGGACCAGAAGCUUUACAUGUCGUGCAUCGCCCAGAGCAGGGACCAGCAGACAGUCUAUGCUAAGUGCUCAGGUGUUUUCCUGCAGCUGCAGCUGGAAGAGGAGUCAUCCCAGUAACAGUCACUGUGCCUUCCUGCUGACUGCCCUGCCUGCUUGGGACCCACUGCAUGGCAGGGAGGGUCCGCAGGAAGUGACUGGUGACGGGAAGAAGAGGACGCGUUCCUCUGAAUAAAUAGAUUCGUGGCCUCA